AUGGGGGGUAUGCAGCCUGGCAAGGAUCUCGAAAAGGUGCCCAAUCCCAGGAAAGGCUCGGUGUCAUCUGAAACCAACACAGUUGAUGUGCAAGUUCAACGGCGCUUGCUGCGAAAGCUUGAUCGACAUGUAUAUCCUAUACUGUUCGUUAUCCAUAUGAUGUCAUUUCUGGACCGAGUCAAUAUCAGCAAUGCGAGAAUCCAGGGUCUGACCGCUGAUCUGGAGCUCGAGGGGAACCGGUUCAACAUUGCGCUGUUUGUACCCAGCAACAUGAUCAUCCGCCAUGUUAGGCCGUGCUGGUACCUGCCAGGUCUAAUGUUCUCCUGGGGCAUCAUCAACAUGAGCAUGGGUUUCGUCCAUACCUAUGGAGGGCUGGCCGUGCUGAGAUUCUUUCUCGGUGCUGCGGAAGCAGGAGUUUUUCCCGGUAUCAUUUACCUGACGUCCAUGUAUUACAAGAGACACGAAUUUCAGAUACGCAUGAGCUUUCUGUUCUGCUCCACGCAAGUUGCGGGUGCUUUUGGAGGGCUUCUCGCCUAUGCCAUCGCUCAUCUAGACGGGUCGCUGGGAUACAGAGCUUGGCGCUGGAUAUUCAUCAUCGAAGGAGCAGCCACCGCCGUUGUCGCCGUCAUAGCCGUAUUCUUGGUAGUCGAUUGGCCCGAGGACUGUCGCUUCUUGACCAAGGCCGAGAAGGACCUCCUCAAACACCGACUCGCCAGCGACGGCACGGACUGCGCUCGCAUGGACACGCUGAACAAGCAGGCCUGCAAGCGCAUCUUCUCCGACGCCAAGAUCUGGCUGGCCUCGUUCAUCUACAUGGGCGUCGGCGUUCCGGGUUAUUCCACCACCUUCUUUAUGCCCACGAUUCUGCUGGAGUUCGGCUACAAGGCCGAGCAGGCACAAGCCCGUACCAUUCCCGUCUAUGUCGUUUCAGCCGCCGGCAUGCUCAUCACCGGGUUCCUUUCCGAUCGAUACAAGCAUCGCUACAGUUUCAUCGUGGCUGGGUGCUUCAUCGCAACCAUUGGCUUCGGCAUACUGCUGAAUCAGGGUACCCUCUCUCGGGAUGCAAAAUUCGCUGCCAUCUUCCUCGUCUCACUGGGCGGGCACAUCGGCAACCCCAUGGCCCUGGCAUGGCUCUCUAAUAAUGUCUCGGGACACUGGAAGAGAGCUUUCAGCUCCGCAUUUCAGGUCACUCUCGGCAACAUCGCCGGCAUCAUCGCCGCCAACAUUUUCCUCAGCGACGAGUCUCCUGCCUACCCCACGGGAUACGGCACAGCAUUUGCGAUGCUCUGGGUCGCUGGCCUCUCUGCCACGGCCAUGUUCGGGUUCAUGCUGGUAGAAAAUCGGAGGCGUGAUGCCGGCAAGCGUGACUACCGGCUGUCGCAACCGGAGGAAGAGAUCAAGAACAUCGGUGACAAUCACCCUUCAUUCCGGUUCACGCUUUAA